CCCACAACAGUCCACUUUUUUUCUUAUUCGUUUCAUACAAAGCCCAACAAGGCAACAACUCACACUACACACACUCUCACUUUAUCUUUCUUUCCCAAAACAUCUCUGUUGUGUCGUGAGUGAGUGUUCGAUCGAAGCCACAUACAAAUUUAGAAACACGUAACACAAGAUCAAAGAUGGGUGGAUCUGGAUCUGGUGCCGGUAGUUUUCUUAUGGUUCUUCUCAGAAAUUUUGAUGUACUUGCUGGACCUGUGAUUAGUCUUGUUUAUCCUCUAUAUGCUUCAGUUAGGGCAAUUGAGAGCAAGUCUCCUGUGGAUGAUCAACAGUGGCUAACCUAUUGGGUUCUGUAUUCAUUGAUCACUCUUUUCGAACUUACUUUUGCCAAAAUUCUUGAAUGGAUUCCUAUAUGGCCAUAUGCAAAGCUGAUUCUAACCUGCUGGUUGGUCCUUCCUUAUUUUACUGGUGCUGCUUACGUUUAUGAGCAUUAUGUAAGACCCUUCUUGGCCAAUCCUCAGACCAUUAACAUCUGGUAUGUUCCAAGGAAAAAGGACGUCUUCACGAAACAAGAUGACAUUAUAACUGCUGCAGAGAAGUACAUCAAAGAGAAUGGAACAGAAGCAUUUGAGAAUCUGAUCCAUAGGGCUGAUAAAUCUAAAUGGGGCAGUAGUCACCAUACAAUGUAUGAUGAGACCUAUUGAAUGCAAUCUUGCAGCUUCUGUCUCUUGUGGAUAAGGGGGUUCGUGUACAUGUUAGCAUGUUACUGAUUUAGUUUAUGUUUUCCGAGGAGAUAUUUAAGUUUUUUGUCACCCUUUCCUUUUUGUCGUGUAACUAUCAUAGGAUUAGUCAUCUAUGUUGUGUUUAAUGGUUAUGAUUUAUGACACAUGAUAUAUAGAUAAUGUUGGUACGACAGUGGAAACUUGUUGAUUUUCUCGUGUUUUACUGUAACAAAGCCAUCAUUAUUAAAGUAUGGGUGUGUUUAAAAUAA